GGGGACAAGGGAGCAGAUGAGCUUCUGUUGAUUCUUUAAAGGGUUUGUUGGACAUUUAGAUUAUUUUCGUGGCUGUGACUGAAAAGGGUAGGGGAUUUCGUGGAAGGUUGAGUUUUGUUGAUUUAUGGCUGAUCGUAGUGCGGUUGCCAAACCAAUAUGGAUGAAGCAGGCAGAAGAGGCGAAAUUGAAGAGUGAGGCUGAAAAAGCUGCGGCUGCCAAAGCUGCUUUUGAAGCCACCUUCAAGGACGUUGAGAAGAAAGCAGAAAAGGAAUCUGCUUCUUCGGAUAGUGAUGCAGAAGAGGCUGAGGAAUUGGCUAACAAGCCUAUUGGGCCUCUGGAUCCUGCCAAAUGCACGGCUGCUGGUGCUGGGAUCGCUGGUGGCACUUCUGGUGCACCUUCAUCUUUUGUUGUUGUCACCAAGGACUUUGAUGGGCGAAAGAUACCCAAUGGAGGUGCUCACCUUAAGGUCAAGAUCUCACCUGGUGUUGGUGUUGGAGGUUCUGAGCAGGAAGGGAUGGUGAAGGAUCAGGGGGAUGGGAGUUAUACUGUAACUUACGUUGUUCCGAAGAGAGGGAAUUACAUGGUGCACGUUGAGUGUAAUGGGAAGCCCAUCAUGGGCAGUCCCUUUCCUGUGUUCUUCAGUGCGGGAACUACUGGAAGUGUGCUCGGUAUGCCACCUACGGCUCCGUAUCCCAAUCUUGUUAACCAAACAAUGCCCAACAUGCCCAAUUAUUCGGGUUCCAUGUCAGGAGCUUUUGGAUUAGCUGGAAUGAUUCCAGGUGUUGCUGCUGGUCCUUCGGGAGGGGCAUUAUUGCCUGGGUUAGCAUCCUUUGGAGAAGUUUGUCGGGAAUAUCUGUCUGGGCGAUGUUUGAAAACUGACUGUAAGUUAAACCACCCACCUCAAAAUUUGUUGUCCUCUUUGAUGAAUCCGGCAACGAAUAUGGGGACUUUGAGUCCUUCUGCUGCUGCAAUGGCUGCUGCUCAGGCAAUUGUUGCUGCACAAGUGCUUCAAGCUCAGGCACAGGUGCAAGCUCAGUCAGCAAGAGAUUCAUCUGGUUCACCUGAAAAAGCAGAUGUGUUAAAAAGAACGCUCCAAGUAAGCAACCUGAGCCCGCUUCUUACAGUGGACCAGCUGAAACAGCUAUUUAGUUUUUGUGGCACCGUCGUUGAAUGUAGUAUCACUGAUUCAAAGCACUUCGCUUACAUAGAAUACUCAAAGCCAGAAGAAGCAACUGCUGCUCUUGCAUUGAACAAUUGGGAUGUUGGAGGCCGUCCUUUGAAUGUUGAGAUGGCAAAAACCCUUCCUCCAAAACCUUCCAUUUUGAAUUCUAACUUGAACCAGUCUUCUUUGAAUGUGAUGAUGCAGCAGGCAGUUGCUCUGCAGCAGAUGCAGUUUCAACAGUCUCUCCUUGUGCAACAAGCAGCAAUAAAUUCACAGCAGGCUGCCAAUCGAGCGGCAAUGAAGUCUGCAACUGAAAUUGCAGCUGCCAGAGCAGCAGAGAUAAGCAAAAAGUUGAAAGCUGAUGGUGUAGGCAAUGAAGAGAAGGAAACUAAACGAAAAUCCAGGUCACCGUCCAGUCCUCAUCCAAGAUCAAAGUCCAGAUCAAAAUCACCCAUAAAAUAUCAACGUGGCCGAAGGUUCCGCUCCCCCUCUCCUCUGACCCGCCAUUCAAGGGAUCGUAGAUCCAGAUCACCAUUAAGAUCUCACUAUCGCACUGACUACAGCAGUGAGCGGAGGUCCCAUAGAGAAAGCAGGGAUACCAGAUCUGGAAGACGGGAAAGAGAGAGAUCACAUGAUCGUUAUUCUCUCUCAAAGAGGAACAGGAGUAGGAGUGUGACUCCUCGAACAAGAAAAUCAUCUCGGGCUGGUUCAGCCUCUCCAAAACGUCGUCAAGAAAGUUUAAGCCCUAGAACAAGGAAAUCAUCUCGUGCUAGAUCAAGGUCACCAAGGCAUCACAGAGGCAGCAAGUCAUCCCCAAGGCACAACAAUGAGAGCAACUCAAACCGAAGGAGACGCUCAAGGUCUAAAUCUGCUGAGGGCAGGUCCCAUGCGGAUGAUAGGAAAGAUAGAAGCAGAUCUGAGAAGUUGAAGCCUGAUGACAAAAAGCCUGAGAAAACUGAGUAUACUUUGAAGGAAUCAGAUCUAACAGGGAAGGACUCAAGGAAGAUGAGGGAAGAUGGCAUCUUAGAUUCAUCAUUACCAACUCAUGAGAACUUGUUAUCAGAGGAUGGAGCUUUAAUUGAUGGAAGAGAUGGAAGUAGGCGUAAAAAGUCUAGACUUGAUGACACAGAUUCUGGGAAACCUGAGGCUGCAAGUAAGGAUCAGGAUUCUGAUGAUAUUUUGAUGGAUUUGAAAGAUGAUAAGAGUUCUUCCAGGUCUCCGGUGUUAAAAUCAAGUGAGAAGACUGCAGCAUUUGUAGAUGUCAAGGUUCAUUCAAGUAGUAGAGAGUCAAGCAGACAUGACAAAUCAGCUUCUGAGCAAAGAAAGCAUGAUAAAACCAACACAUCAAGAAAGGAGCGGGAUUCUUCUGACAAGGAAAGAACCCAUGCCCAUGGUCAUGAUUUGAGCAGGCAUGGGAAAUCAAAUUCAGAAUCUAGAAGACGUGAGAAAGAUGAUCCAGUUAGAAGGGAAAAAGAUUCUUUCCGUGAUGAUUCAACAUGCUCAAGGGAAGAUAGGAGAGCCAUGGAGUCUUCGAAGUCCAAAUACCACAGGCAUAGCUCAAAGCAUUCAGAGGAUAGUUCCUCUAGAAGUACUAAGGAUCGACACAAAUCAGACAAAUCAAAGUUGCGGGAUUCUAAACCUGAGAGAUCUGCUGCUGCCACGACAGGAAUUAUAUCUGUCAAUUUUUAUUCAUCUGAACUAGGAGAGGAUAAUGCUGUCAGUUCCCGAGAACUGAAGACUCGUAAUAGUUCACCUGCAGCUAAAGAUGGAACCAGUAGGGAUCCAAAAGAUCUUAAUAAGCAUGAAGACUUGAUUAAGGCGGACAGAGAACUGGAAAUAAAUGAUGACAUCCCCAAUGAAGAAGGCUGUAUAGAUGGUAGUUUCAAGGAAAGAGGGGAAGAUGUUAGUGAUGCAUCUUGUUCUAAGUUCAAGACCCACAUUGGAAAUUCACGAGGUGAUAGAGCCUAUUUUGGCACAGGAGAUUUAGAUAGGCUUGAACAGUUUGAAUUGGAGCACGGGCAAUUAAAUGAAGAUAAUUCCCUUGGUGAUCGUGAUGUUACUGAUUAUGAAUUGACUGACUUGGUAGGUGAUGGGCAGCCUCAACAAAUAGAUUGCAUUUCAAAAGAACAAGAAUAUGCUGACAACAUUUCCAAGGACUUGAGGGAAGAUGUGAUGAUUUCACCUUCUUCCAAGCAGGAGACUAGGAAGAGAAGUUCAUUGGCAGCAGCUGAGCCCUCUAAUGAUGCAGCAAAUCUGGGGAAGGAUGAAAAGUCCGUGGAGUGUGAUGUGUUUGACAUAAACGAGGACAAUGAUGGUAUCUGUGAAGUGUCAACAGAUGUCAAAUGCAACACAGAACCUGUUUAUUUCCCGCCUAUCACCAAGGGACAAGAGUAUCAUCCAGAAGGUUCAGUUGAAAAUUAUGGACGGUAUGGGGGUGUGGAGGGUGAAGAUCAAAUUGAAAAGUAAUACUCUUAAGGGAUGCUGGGUGCUGGGAAGGUUGCAGAUUGCUUUUGUUGGAGACUCAAAGGAGAAGUUCAACACCUAAAUGGAUAGGAUUAAUAAGUUUCGGGAGAUGCAAGGCAAGCAAAAUUUUGAACUGGGUCAGGGAUCAGUUUUUUUCAAGAGCUUCUGGAGAAGAUUCGUGGCAUAUAAGAUAGAAGUUUGAGUUGGCAGCCAGGAGCAGAUCAAGUUUCUUCUACAACAUGUCACGUAGUUUGAGUUUUGGAGGAAGGACCUUGUCCUUACUGGAGCAAGAGCAAUCUGUGGAUAAUUUUACUUUUCUGUACUAAGAAUUUGGUGUGACCUUUAACUCUUCAUAAAUAUUCUUGUGCUUGUGUAUCUUUUGCAGGUCUGAGGAAACUUCACGUAAGAGAGUUUAGGAGCAGACCUUGGUUUGGUCAAAGUGAUUCCAAGGAGUGAACUGUAUUCCAUGCGUCCAGGGUCUAUCGUGCAAUGUCUGUGACAAACUUAUUUUGCUGCUUAAUGUAUGUUGCACAUUAUCUCCAUCAUUUGGUAGUGGAUUUUUAAUCAAAUGGCUUACCUACUGGAAAUGCUAGGGUUAUUUUCUUUUAA